UUAUAAAGAUUAUAUUGAAUAUGCAAUCUAUUAAGACUACUGACUUUCUAUCGAAACAACAGAGUGAUAAUCACCAAGUGAGGGAUUCUGUCACCUCCUCCUCAUCUGGCAGCAGCCAGAUUGAGUUGGACAUAAGGGGGAAUCUCAUACAAAGAGAUCGUCUCUAUACCUUUAAAGCGAUACCUUCGAACCACGAUGGGCCCAUAUUAAAUCAAGACAUUUCCAAACAUAAUGCUCAAAUGGGGUGAGGAACUGCUUUUGCAGAGCUUUCUAACAAAGCAUCUCCCGGAUUUCAGGCCAAAAAUAAGCUACAAGGAAGCUUAUCUACCGACCAGGCUGUACAAAGGAAUAUAUUUUUACUACCUUCACAACACUUUAGGGAUAAUGCUCCAUCAGAGAGCCCAUUCUUCAAGGUUGAAUCAUGACCAGCGGAUGGUAAUCGGCAGGAAUUCCCUUCAUCAAGAAAAUUCUCGUUUCAAACUCCUCAGAUAAUAGCAAAUACAAAGGCUAAGGUCAGUGAGGAAAUGAAGGACUUGGAUAACAAUCUGUUUCUUAAAGCCGAAAAGUCCGUUUCUCAAUCCGACUUAAACAGCUCGGUAAUAAUUUUAAGACCGAAGCAGGUGAAACAUAAUAAUGAGUAUAUAAAAGAAAAAUAUAUCGGGGAUUCCAAAGAUCAAAAAUCCGAAAGAGAGGAUGAGCAUUCGAAAGAGCCAACACCUCUAAGCACCAUCGAAGAUGCACCAAGUGAGCUUUCUUAUACCUGAUUUAUGAAAGAGUUGAAGGCUGAAUGUAAAAAUGGUAAAAAUAAUAAAUCAAAGAGAGAUCGGACCUGAGACAAUUCAUUUACAAGUGAACAUGGAUUUACCUCAAUAAACCCGAAUGAGGCAUCUACCAUUUCAAAACACCCAUACCACCCAAAAUCUAUUUCCAAACGCUCUAAAAAUAUUAAAAAUCCUCUCAUCAACCUACAAAAUCCGAAAAACGCGAAUUUUAAUAAUCAAUUCCUUAAAAUACCCUGCCCAUCUCAAAAUUCACCACACUGGCUUGCUCCUAGAAAUAGCAACAAACCAACAGACCCUUGUGUCCAAAUGUUUGACACUCUUCUUCAGCACCAAACAGCACAAUUCCAAGCGAUGCUGAGCAGCCAUACAAUGUUGAUGGAAAAGAUCAUUGAUAAGCUAUAAAUACCUAAAUUAUACUG